CCAUGCAAGCCCCGAGGACGCCGACGUCAGCGCCGAACGAAACUCCGACGAGUGCCGUGUGUCUGUCGCUGUUGGAACCACCGGAGUCUGGACAUGACGAUCUAAAAAAAAAAAAAGAAAGGAUUGAGGAAGAGAGCGAUGACAGGGCAUCGCCGAGGAAGUACAAAAUCCCCCAUCCACACUUGACGAAACCCUCCCUCGCACCCACCCACGACGGUCUCUCCAUCCAACGCCCCAAGCAUGACCGGAUUCCACAUUUUACCACCUGGCUUGUCCAGUGUGCUGCCCAUUGUUCUGGCCGCUGUCGGACUUGCCUGGCUUACCUUCCGACGCAUCUCAUACGGCAUCGCUUCCAGGAGGUUCGCCGCCGAAAAUGGCUGUCAGCCAGUGCAGGUGCGCUAUCCGCAAAACCACUUGCUGCUCGGCCUCGACUUUGUCGUCGACAACGUCCGAGCGAUGCGCGACAAGCGCUUCCUGGAACUGCUCGUCCAGCGCCAUACCAGCGCGGGGCCCACGUUCUCCGCGCAGGCCAUCGCCCGUCGCGGCAUCUUCACCGUCGACCCGGCCAACAUCAAGACCAUCCUGUCCGUGCGCUUCAAGGACUACUCGCUUGGGGAACGCCAGUCCAUCCUGGGUCCCCUCCUGGGACGUGGCAUCUUCGUCACGGACGGUGAGGAAUGGUCGCAUUCCCGGGCGCUCCUCCGGCCCAGCUUCGUCAAGGACCAGGUCGCCGACCUGGGGCUGGUCAACAGUCACAUCGACGACCUGCUGCACCGCAUCCACACGGGCGAAACAGUCGACCUGCAGCCCCUGUUUAUGGACUUCACUCUCGACUCCGCCACCGAGUUCCUCUUCGGCCACUCGACCAACACCCUGGGCGGGGGCACCCCCGAGGACUGGGCCUUCAGCCGGGCCUUCCACACCGCACUCAAGGAAAUGGCGUUGCAGUUCCGCUUCGGGCCCCUGCGUCGCUUGCGGCCCAUCAAGCGCGAGGCUGUGGAUGCUAUCCAGGUCUGUCGCUCCUACCUCGACCAGUUUGUCGACGACGCCAUGGCCUUCCGCAGCAACGCCGACCACAAGUCGCGGCUCACUCAGAGCGACAGCCGCAACAUCUUCCUCCGCGACCUGGCCACCUCCGACGCCAGCAACGAGAAGAUCCGCGACGAGCUCCUGAACAUCCUCAUCGCCGGCCGGGACACCGUCGCCAGCCUGCUAGGCAGUCUGUUCCACCAGCUGGCCCGUCGGCCGGAGAUCUGGAACAAGAUCAGGGCCGAGGUGGCGGAGCUGGAGGGCAAGAAGCCGUCGUACGAGGAGCUGCGCAAUCUCAAGUACACAAAGUAUUGCAUCAACGAGGCCCUCCGUCUCUGGCCGCCCCUCCCCAGCAACGCCCGCGUCGCCGCCUGCGACACCGUCCUUCCCCACGGUGGCGGUCCCACGGGUGAAGACCCCAUCCAUGUCCCCAAGGGAACAGUCGUCAUUUACACGGUCUACGUGAUGCACCGCCGCAAGGACCUGUUCGGCGAGGAUGCCGAUUCUUUCCGCCCGGAGCGAUGGGAAAAUCGGAAGUUCUCCUGGGAAUACCUCCCGUUCAACGGCGGGCCCAGGAUCUGCUUAGGACAGCAGUACGCACUCACGGAGGCGUUGAUGGUGGUCACUCGCUUUGCGCAGGAGUUUUCGUCCAUUCAGAGCCGUGACCCCAUGCCGUGGACAGAGAAUCUGACCCUGACGGUGUGUCCGUCGGGUGGCGCGAAGGUGGCUUUGUUCCGUUAGAGACGCUUGCUGGCUUCUUGAGACAGGGUCCUGACAUAGAGAGUUUAUUGGAGUUGUAGUCCUGCUGAUGGUGGGGGACUCGACGCGUUUGAUGGGCGGGUCGUCAAUGAAUAGAAUGAAUACAUCUUUUGCGCACCCAAGUCUUCCGCGUUCAUUUUCCCAACCACUCCUGUUUAUCCGAGAAAAGAUAUUUUCUCGCUCGCACGUGAACUGUAGGUUAUGGAGUCCGGAUGAGUUAGAGAACCACCAAUUUCGCACAGGCAAGGUGACCUUGGCCUGUGUCCAAUUGCCCCGGUCGGAGUAACCAGGACGGACACAUUGCCUUUCUCUACCAUGUGCACAUCGAAUGAAUGAACCAUAUCUUGUCCUCUUUAACCCUUCAGCUAUGCAG